AUGGGCCACACUGUCUCGAAGCUUUGCUCAAAAUGCUUUAAAUCAGAAGAAGAAAACCCGAUUUAUCAAGAACAAGAAAUGAAAGAAACGCUAAUUUCAGAGUCUUUCUCUAUAAAUAGCAGUAUCUCUAUACCAAAAAAUAUCUCAGCCUCUUAUGAGCUUUCAGAAACCACCAGCAGUUCUAGUGAAAAUCUAAACCAGGAGCACAUUUUGCGUUUACUAAUAGAAAAAGCGACCCAGGAAUUUUUAGAUCACUUAUAUGCACCUUUACAAGAAGAAGGAUGCCAAGAAUUAGUAAAUAAAGAUGGAUUUCUGGUAUAUGGGAAAGAGUUGCCUGAUGCAGUAUUAAUUAAAGCGUCAUGGCUAACCCCUUAUACAGUAGAUCAAUAUAAAAUCGUAAUGGAAGACAUCAACAAUAGAACGACUUGAGAUCGCAGCUUAGAAAGUGUUGAAUUUGUGUCUACGAUACCUCCUGAUAUAUAUAUUACUUAUUCAAAAUUCAAAAAAAUGCCUAUGAUAUCAUCUAGGGAUAUGGUUUUAGUUUCCAGGCUAAUAAAGCUUCAGAAAGGAGUUUUGCUUAUUGAUACAUCAUGUGAACACCCUGAUUAUCCUCCUACUGAUAAAUUUGUAAGAGCGACACUGCCUGUUAAUGGCUAUUACAUAGAGCCGAUUGAUAAAGAUGAUCAAGGAAAUAUAAAUAAAGUGAUAAAUAUCACAAUAGUCAAUUUCGGAGGAAAAUUGCCAAAAUCGUUAAUAAAAACGAAAUAUGGAAAACAUGUGCCAAGCUUAAUUAAAAGAAUGCAUGGAGAAAUCAUGAAGAUCACAGAGAAGUCUCCUUACAACUAA